AUGUCUACUGCAGAAAAGGAGUCUGAACCUACAGACUCUUCUGGUGAAGUGAUUCUUGAUCUUGGCCCUCCUUGGAAGCCUAUUGUGUGGUCAGAUCUUCUUGAUACUGCACGUACCAUGUUGCCAUCAAAAGCCUGGAAUAACCUCUCUCCUGAUCUCUAUGCUAGUUUCUGGGGUCUCACACUCUAUGAUCUUUAUGUUCCUAGACAUCGCUAUGAGUCUGAAAUUGCCAAGCAGCAUUCUGCUCUUAAAGCUCUAGAAGAGCUUUCUGAUAAUUCAAAUUCUGCAAUUACCAAAAGAAAGAAAGACAAGGAAAGAAUUCAAGAAUCUCUAGAUCGUUUAACUAGUGAACUCCAAAAGCAUGAGGAGAAUGUAGCAUCUGUCCGUAGACGGCUUGCCCGUGAAAAGGACAAGUGGUUGAGUUCCUGUCCUGAUACUUUGAAGAUUAACAUGGAGUUCCUUCAGCGCUGUAUUUUUCCUCGCUGUACUUUCAGUAUGCCCGAUGCUGUGUAUUGUGCUAUGUUCGUACACACUCUUCAUUCCCUUGGAACACCAUUCUUUAACACAGUCAACCACAUCGAUGUUCUGAUAUGUAAAACCUUGCAACCUAUGAUAUGCUGCUGUACUGAAUAUGAAGCUGGUAGACUUGGGAGGUUUCUGUAUGAGACUAUGAAGAUUGCUUACUAUUGGAAGAGUGAUGAAUCAAUAUAUGAACGGGAGUGUGGGAACAUGCCAGGCUUUGCUGUCUAUUAUAGAUAUCCUAACAGUCGGCGUGUCACAUAUGGCCAGUUUAUUAAGGUACACUGGAAAUGGAGUCAAAGAAUCACACGGUUAUUGAUUCAGUGCUUGGAAUCAACUGAGUACAUGGGAAUUCGAAAUGCUCUUAUAAUGUUAACUAAAAUUUCUAGUGUCUUCCCUGUUACACGAAAGAGUGGAAUUAACCUUGAAAAACAGAUAGCUAAAAUUAAAAGUGAUGAAAGAGAGGAUCUCAAGGUGUUGGCUACAGGUGUUGCUGCAGCUUUAACUGUGAGGAAGCCUUCAUGGGUUACAGACGAAGAAUUUGGUAUGGGCUAUCUUGAACUGAAGCCUACACCAUCGCUUGCUUCAAAGUCUUUAGCUGGUAGUUUGGUAGCUGUCCCAAAUGGCUCUGGCCUGAACAUUUUUCAGAAUGAAUCAUCUGGAGGAAGAACAGUUGCAUCUGGAACCCAACAUUUAGAUGCUGGGAAUUCAGUCAAGGAGCAGGUGUAA